AUGGUCGUCUUUAUUCCGUUUUAUCCAAAUGGAAAAGAUAGUCGAACAUUUUGUAUCCUUCGUGCCUAUCUCACAGCUGUUUCUACUACUCUACUUACAUCAUCAUUUCUUCUUCAAGCUCUUAGUCGUUUGUUUCAUACAGUAUUUCCCAUGAAUCGUCGAUGUCUGCUAACAUGGAAAUUUCAUUAUUUUUUAAUAGCUGUUCAAUGGAUGAUGGGAUUUUUAACACCGAUCACAAUAUUAAUCAAUCAUGAAAAUAUUAUCUAUCGAACAGGUAUAUUCUGUACAAUUGGAUUAAAUCAUAUAUUUCAUCUUUACUAUCUCUAUUUAACGGAAUAUUUUAUACCAGUAUUAAUCAUUCUUUUAAUCUACAUAAUAAUUGUCUAUCGAGUAAACUACUAUUCUUCUUCGUCUCAACAACAUCGUCCCAAUCCUGUUCGUGAAGCAAAAUUACUGAAAAACAUUCUUAUUUUCAUCGGUAUCUUUACUGGUGGAGAUCCACAAAAGAGUAAUUUUACUUUAUUAAAAUAUUAA